UCUUUGGAGAAGAGACAGCCUACUGAUUAUAAGUGUGGAGAGUAAAUCUCAUGCAUUUCUUCUUGGUUUGAUAAGAAAGAAAACAAAUGAUGAUCAAACCUUCCAUGUCUUGCAACAGUUUGACUCCUCAUCCUCAUCCUGCAGUGCCAAUUAGCCCUCAGCUUACCUCAACCAUCAUAGAGCAGAAGAGGCCCAGAGCAGUUGCAGUUUUUGCAGCAAAAUCUGGAGGAUUUUCACUCAACUCUUUCUUGAAAAAGUGUGAAACCUGUGGAGGCAAAGGUGCAAUUGAAUGUCUAGGAUGCAAGGGAACGGGAAGAAAUAAGAAGAAUGGGAAUAUUUUUGAGCGAUGGAAGUGUUUUGAUUGCCAAGGAUUCGGACUAAAGGGUUGCCCCACCUGUGGACAAGGAGGACUAACACCAGAACAGAGAGGAGAAAGAUAAAAAAGAGUUUGAUGAAAGAAAAAGUUACACAACUAAUUGUACUUUGCCCUAUAUAUUUCCUUAUAAACUUCAAUUAGUGAAUUUUACACGAUGCUGUUGAUGUAAGACUAACCGAUUAGACUGAUUCUUGAACGAUUAUCCAGUAAUUAACCGUUACCCUAUUUCAGAGGCGGC